CGAAUCGGAGUGUCUUACCGAGCUAUGGAGGCCACUCCAUCAAGCCCAAGACAUCAAGUCGCGCUAGCUCGGUCUUUGUUUAUGAAGAGUCUGAUGAAGAUUCCAUGAACGGAGAUUACGUAGAUGACGACUUUGGGCCCGAGCGUGAAAACCCGUUGGAGGAAUGGCACGACUUCGCGACAUACAAUCCCAUCACAAAGACCGAAGAAGAAGUUGACUUCGAUGACUUACCGACGGCUGAAGACAUUGUUAGUGACCACGAAUGGCCAGACCCUGCGGAACCCACACCAAACCUCCUCGAAAACGGGCUUCCGGCGCCACACAUCUGCGUAUUUUGUCGCCACAUAGUGAUUAAUUCAAGGAUGUUGGUGCGGGGACAACAAAUCCUUCUUUGUGAAGAUCGUGCGGAAAUGGUCGCAGCUGGUGAGUAUGGCUGCCCAUUCUUUCGCUGGUUGGAGUGGCGAUACUAUCACCGAUUCGCCCUUGACACUCUCACACGGAAUAAGUUUAACUUCACCAUGGUGCUGAGAUCGACUCUGGAGAAGCCUUACGGGCUUCGGAUUAACAAGUUCGGAAUACGAUAUUGGACAUUGGAAGAAGAUGGGAGACAUGGAGUUGCUAGCGAUGACGAUUUCCAUGUUGUUGCUGAGAAAGGUACGCUCUUUUCCGUUUGCCCAACACGGCCGCGAAGUAGCAACGUCAGCGCUGAUUGUGUGGUAGACAACCCAGCCGGGGAUCACAUACCCGUGCGCCCUGUCAAUUUAGACGUCGGAUCUAAGUUGGCUCUUGAAAAUGCCACACGCUGGCUCAACGGGUGCGAAAACGAGCACCCAAAGUGUCGCGAGCUUGAGUUAUCUCGGCUACCAACCAGAGUCGUUGAUGUUGGAACGAUUGACUCGGAGAAUCCACGUUUAUAUGUCCCACGACAAGAUGAAAGGGCAAAGUAUCUAGCCCUCAGCUACUGUUGGGGCGGAGACCAAGAGGUCAAAGCCACUGUAGCGGAACUACCUAAUUUGAUGGCUUCUAUACCGUUUCAGAAACUAGGUCAGUCAUUAAAAGAUGCCAUCACAGUAACGCGAAGGCUCAAGAUCCGAUUUCUCUGGAUCGACGCUCUAUGCAUAGUUCAGGAUGAUCGUGAAGAUGUUGCGAGAGAAAUUGCCACAAUGCCGGCCGUGUACCAAGGAGCAUAUUGCACCAUUGCGGCCGCGGUCACAAAUUCAUCUCGUGUGGGGUUCUUAGGUCGAAGGAAGAGCACCCCGAGUCGGCAUCAUGCACAAAUGCUCCCAUACAUGUGCCCUAACGGCCAGCUUGGACAUGUAUACAUAUACCAAGGGGAAAAUCAUCGCCUAGACGAAGAGCCUCUCCAUUCCCGAGGGUGGACGCUACAAGAACGACUAAUGUCACCAAGGGUUCUAACGUAUGGCUCAUGGCAGUUAAGAUGGGGUUGCAAGUCAGCAAAUGCCUGUGAUGGUGGGCCAUUGAUCUCAUACCAGGGUAGCCUUGAUGAGAUGAGCUCGAGCCUUCUCUCCCCUCCUGUGGUUCAUCUUUGGCAGAAUUUGGUGAAAGAAUUCACGAAAAGAAGCCUAACAGUUGCAGCCGACAGACCCUGGGCCAUAUCAGGUCUUGCGGAAACGUAUGGCAAAAUUGUCAACGCAAAAUACAUUGCUGGUCUUUGGGAAACCAAUUUCAUCCUGGACCUCCUAUGGAUCGGAACGACCGUAAAACCUUUGUGUGUUCGACGUUCACCUUCAUGGUCGUGGACUUCAGUGGACGGCGGUGUGGAUUGGCCUAUGAGCCAGGAGCUAGACCUCAGAGAUGCAAGCAUCAAUCUACUGGGGUACGAGAUUGAGCUAGAGUCUCAGUCGGCGCCUUUUGGAGCUGUGAAAAGUGGAGUAAUCAAAUUGGAAGGCCGGAUACGAAAAGCAUACGUUGAUACACCACAUCCCAGAAACGUUUUUACGUUCGCCCACUUCUAUUCUGGGAACACAGAGGACGAUUGGGGAUCCAAUGCUUUUGCUUCUAUUCGAGCACGACUUGACGGUCAUAUGGAUCUCUUCAAGCAGGAUCUGUCAAAAUCUAUAUGGUGUUUAGAAGUAGUACCGUAUCAUGCCCCGGACGAUGAUGAUCCGGGAUCGAACUUUCUCGCUCGUCCGUACGGUCUACUCCUUACUCAAGAUUUCAGCAAGGGGGCGUUUCGGCGGGUUGGGUAUUUUGACUUCAAAGGCGAGGACCUCGCUAAAACGUCCCCAGGCAUGACAUAUGAGGAACAGCAGCAAGUGCGUGAUCAUUUUCGAUCGCAUGCCUUCCACGAUUGCCCGCUCUCUGCUAUUACAAUCGAAUAAUACAUAGAUCAAGCAUCAUUCCCCACUCGAGGAAUGAUUGUGAAGUCUACGUGCCGAAGUAUAACCCAAUUACGAGCGUCCGUGUACCAUAGCCACUGGGCACCGAGUACAAUUCAAGCCG